AUGAAUGAAAUGAUUGUAAACAUCGAAAAUGACGAGAAUAAUAGAAAAAUGGCGGUUUAUAUAAAAUGUUUAAUGCUUUCUUUCCUUAAUUUAAAAAUAACAAUAUAUGCGGAAGCAUAAAUUUAGGGUGAGACUUGUGGUAUUUUUAAAUAAGAACAGUAUAGGGAUAGAAAGAUAAAUGUUUGAUAAUUAAAUCAAAAGACAUGAAAAAUUGGAGAUGCUCCUAAAUGACUUUAAUCUUUACCCCUUAAGAUAAAUGCAUGCAAUACCAAGGUAUAAUAAUUUAUGCGUGGAUGUGGGGAUAAGUCUUCUUCGGCUUUUAAAGUUUAUACAAAAAAUUUACAAGAAAUUAAUAGAUAAAAGCCAGAAGACAACAUGCAGCAGUUAUAGAUUAUAAAUAAUAUAUGCAAGCCUGGAUGGAAAACUUGUAAAGACAAGAAAAGUUCUACAGAGUGUAGAAUAGGAAUCCACAUUGCAUUUGAAUUAUUCAUUAAAACAUUAAGCAUAAAUUAAAGCUAGUAUUAUCAAUCAAUCACGUACCACGAUAAAUAUUGACAAAGUUUAACAACAGAAGUAAAUUAUAAUAAUUAAACUUAAUUGUAGUUUUUAGUUUACAUUUAUAAGCUACAUUGCCAAUAUAUCACUGAAAAAGUUGAUCUCUGAAUUCAAGUUAAUUUUAGGAACUGAAAAAGAUGUCAGAAUAAAUAAAGAAAAUGUUCUAAUAUUGACGAAUUGAUAAAUAGAACUUUUGUAAUUACAUAAAACAACCUGCAUCAUGAUUUUAUGAAAACGGGAACUAGUGCUAAAAUACAG